CAGUUCACGAUUCGCAUUUGAACAAGCAACACACACGACAAAGACACAAUUGAGAAUUGAAAUUAAAACCACUUAAAAAUUAAACAAAGAUGAAAUCCUUCAUUGCAUUGGCGUUGAUUGCCACCAGUCUCUUUGCUGGGGCUCUGGCUGAUGAAGAAUAUUGCCAGAACAGUGUGAUUACGGCGUGCUCUUCGUCGACCUUCUCUGCGCUCACGGGCUUUUUCACAGGCGAAACCAACUCGAUUUGUAAUGCUCGUUUCGCUGGCAUUGACCAGAUUGAACCCGAAGUCCAGGCCUAUAUCAACUCCCAGCUGACCAAAUCGUACGAAUACCUGCUUUUGGCCACCCACUUCAACUCGUACCAGAAGAAUCGUCCCGGUUUCCAGAAGCUCUACCAGGGUCUCUCCGAUCGCUCGUUCGAUGACACCAUUGCUCUGAUCAAACAGAUCACCCGUCGCGGUGGCAUUGUGGACUUCAACACGCGCCACGAAUCCGCUGCCUCCGUCAGCACUCAGCGUCAAACUCUGGAAGUCGAUGAACUGCAAUCUUUGGCUCUGGCUUUGGACAAUGAGAAGCAAUUGGCCACCGGUGCCACCCAUGUCCAUACUCGUGCCUCUCACUCUCAGCAACAUGACCCCGAAUUGGCCCACUACAUCGAGGAGAACUUCUUGGGCAAACAGGCCGAUACUGUGCGCAAGCUAUCUGGCUAUGCCAACGAUCUGGCCAAGUUGAUGAAGGUCCCAGAUCCAUCUCUGUCGGUCUAUCUCUUUGACGAAUAUCUGCAGAAGCAGUAAGAAGUUUGUUUAUCUAAGAACAACAACAAAAAUUCAACUCAUUUAUCUUCAGCAACCCUUAAAAUUUAACGCAAUGCGAAAGUAUUUCAUUCGAUCUUUCUCUUUGGUUUGAAUUUUAGUUUAUUUCCCCCAAACGAUUUUUGUUCAGUUAUAAUAAUAAAUUUCGCAUUGCAACAGCAUUAAUUUGAUUUACAAUCAAUUAUUUUCUUUUUUUGUUUAAAUUUGAUUUAUUUGCCACCCCCGCCCCCUUUUCCAUACACACAUAUGAUUGUGAUAAUGUUAUCUAUCAUUCAAAAUAAGUUAGCAGAAUUCGCUUGCACACACCCAAACAAACACACACACACACACACAUUGUAUCUGUAAAUUAUGUUAAUCAAGUGAAUUAAUAAAUAAAAAUUAAAAUAUAUCUACUA